UUAUUACCAUCAGGAGCUUGUAGGCUUUGCUUUCCGAAUUUAUUUUAGCACAAAAUUUUGUUUUUUUACUAAUAUAAAUCCAAAAAACUACAAAAUUUCUUGCAAUAUUCUUUGCGUUUGUAUUUUAAAAAAAAAACCUCUCUACCAUAAAUUAAUUAGAGGCAAAGGUAAUCGUAACCACUUGCUAGCCGGUGCAAACGAAGAACUAGUUCACUUUGAAGCGGCGCGGAAUCAAUGUGAUUCCAUUGGUACACCAAUACAACUCUAGAUAGCAACAACAGCAUUAACUGCUCAGAACAUUAAGAAGUUGAGGUGAAAGUGGCAAAAGCCUCUAAGCGCUAGCGUGGAAGCAACGUAGCGGAGAACGGGGCUUUACAGUUGCAAGAUAGCCAACAUACCAACAUAAGGAGACAGCUCAGCGGAACUGUCAAAAAGUCUAACCCGGAGAAAGGAGCAACAGCUGUUGCUAGCCACAGACACACACACAUACACUUACACACAGGCACACACGUACAAAAUGCCACACAAACAGUCUCAAAGCUGGAUUUACACCUGCCUCUUGGUCAGUAUCUUGCCUACAUUGUGCGUGGGCUUACUCGACGGUCUCUACUGUGGCAAAGAAAACUGUUACGAUGUGCUGGGCGUCACACGUGAAUCCUCAAAGUCGGAGAUCGGCAAGGCCUACCGGCAGCUGGCACGCAAAUAUCAUCCCGAUCUGCACCGUGGCGAGGAGGCCAAGGCGCUGGCCGAGCAGAAGUUUAAGCUCGUUGCCACCGCCUACGAGAUACUGCGCGACGAGGAGUCCCGCACAGACUACGACUACAUGCUGGAUAACCCGGACGCCUACUAUGCGCAUUACUAUCGCUACUACCGACGACGUGUGGCACCCAAAGUCGAUGUGCGCGUGGUGAUCGUGGUGACGUUGACCGUGAUUUCUAUAAUCCAGUACUACUCUGGUUGGCAGCGCUACGAUGCUGCCAUCAAAUACUUUUCAACGGUGCCCAAGUAUCGCAACAAGGCGCUGGACAUAGCCCGAGAUGAGAUCCAGGAGCGAGUGCACAAUCGCAAGGGCAAGAAUCGCAAGAGCCUAUCGAAAACGGAACAGAAAGAGGAAAUCGAGCGUAUCAUACGCAAGGUAAUCGAGGAGAAAAUGGACGUUCAGGGCGGCUAUGCGAAGCCGACGCUAUGGGAUGUGCUGUGGGUGCAGCUGCUCAUCUGCCCGUACACGCUGUUCAAUUUCAUUGCGUGGCACGCGCUGUGGUUCUGGCGCUACACGGUGCUCAAGCAGCCGUACGGGCGGGAGCAGCAGCUCUAUUUGAUACGACGCCACAUGGGCAUGGGUCAGCACCAGUUCAAUUCACUGGAGGACAAACAGAUCGAGGAGUAUCUGCAGCUUGAACUGUGGAAGCGCGACAAUUUUGUCGCGUGGAAGGCCGAUCAGGACGAGGACAUGAAGAAGAAAUUGGCCGAGAAUCCGCGCUACAAGGCCUACAGGCGCUACAUGAAGAACCAUGGGCCCGGGCGCAUCACCUUCGAGGAUUAGAGGACGAGUACGGCAUCUGUUGAUGUUCAAGUUUUAUUGUUCCAACGUGUCGCCAUGGGCCAGUCAACUGUAAUUUAUUGUUUUCAACGUUCUCUCAUCUAGCAGACAUCAAUGUUUUUUUUUAUUUUUUGUUUUUCUUUUAACAAUUUGUUCGUGUCUAGGGCGAAGUUUUGCAAUAGCUUAAAAAUAAAUUAUGUUAAUAAUUCUGUUGGCCAUUUGGACACUGCCCGCAGGGCAGCAAUGGCCAAAGCGUUGACCUCGCCACCAAAACCGGUUCCAAAAACGUGCUUACUCGCGUUUCAUCUCUCAUCUUUCAUCUUCCACAUCUGCCAGCAGAAACGUGCGAUAAACGCGAAACCGAAAACCGAGAACCUCUCUGUUUUUUUUCUCUCCUUUUUUAAAGUUGUUAGCUCAAUUGUCCGAAUUUUUAUAUAGCAAAUAUACAAAACACUAAAUAUUAAAUAAAAACUAAAUAUUUAAAUGAGAGUUACAAGUAAA